AUGUCUGAGCGAAAGAUCGAUCCUCACCCGUCUUGGGACGGCCCUGCUCGCGUGGUGGGCCCUGAUGCCCAUCGCUGGGGCGUAUACGAACCCCAUCCGCAGUCCUGGAGGGCAAGUGGUACAUCUACUACACUGCCGGCGACAAGAACGACCUGGAGGGCCAGCGUCUCCACGUCCUCACCGGUCAGCUACACCUACACCGGCCAACUGACCACCGAAUGGUCCAUCGACGCCACCGUCCUCCGCACUAGCCAGUACGACAAUUACCUCGUCUUCUCCUGCUUCCACGGGGUGACAUACCAGUCGCUCUGCAUCCAAAAGCUAGGCAACGACUACGUCUCGCUGACGGGCAAUGUUUCGGUGAUCCCGGAGCCCACCGAGGCCUUUGAAACCCACCGCACCCCGGUCAACGAGGGCCCUGCCGCCCUGUAUCUCGAGGGCACGACCUAUCUGGCGUACUCGGCCUCCUACUGCUGGACCCCGUACUACUGCGUGGCCUUGCUGCCCUGGGACAGCAGCACGGAGCCCACCUCCAAGAGCGCCUGGGCCAAGGGCGACAGCUGCGCGCUGUCCUCGGCGAAAGGGAACUACGGGACGGGCCACAACAGCUUCUUCCAGAGCCCUGAUGCCUCCGAGACAUGGAUCGCGUACCAUGCCACGAGCAAGAGCGGCGGGGCGUGUGAUAAUACCCGGUAUACGGUAGUGCGGCCUGUGGGGGUGAGCAAUGGGAAGUUGGUGUUCGAGACACCCGCUGCGUUCAGUGCGGUCUUCAAUGAGCCGAGCUGA